AUGUCUUCGUCUCGUCCUCCAAACCCAAAUCAGCUGGCCACCUCACUGCCCGGUUUGACAACCCAUAUCACGGGUCACGAUCCAAAGACUGGCAAAGCGAUUGUGCAGGACUCACGCCCUGGUAAAUGGAGUCAGUACGACGAUAAACUCAUGGCCUUCAACGUGGUCUACACCACCUCACAAUUUCCUGCCGAUCUGAACAGUGACAAAGACCUCACAACCCACGACCAAGUCAUAUCGAGUGGUAAGCUAGGUCUUGUGAACCCUGGUGGCACAGUAUGCCGUGUGGUCGACUUCGCACCAGGCUUCGAAUGCAUGAUGCACCGCACGCAGAGUUUGGACUAUGGUAUCGUCCUGGAGGGGACCAUUGAGAUGGUGUUGGACAGCGGAGACCGUAGAGUCAUGCAGAGAGGGGAUGUUGCGGUUCAGCGAGCCACCAUGCAUGCGUGGAAGAACGUCAGUGUGACCGAAUGGGCAAGGAUGAUUUUCGUCUUGCAGGACUGUCGGAGACUCGAGGUUGGUGGGCAGGAGUUGAAGGAGGAUUUGGGCAGAGGUGUUGAUGGAUUGCCUCCGAGCGGAAAUGAUGCUUAG